AUGGUAGAAAAUACCGCCGCUUGGCUCACAGCAGCCUACGCUCGUCCAUUUGAAAUCAAGACAGCCCCUGUUGGGGUUCCAGAGGCAAAUCAGAUCUUAAUCAGAAAUCGAGCCAUCGCCGUCAAUCCUAUCGAUGGGAAGCUUCAAUCAAAGGCUUUUUACCCUCUAAAGUACCCUACCGUCUUAGGAGAGGAUGUUGCUGGAGAAGUCGUCUCCGUAGGGCCGCAAGUAACUCGGUUCAAGCCAGGCGACCGUGUGCUGGGCAACACUGCAGGAUUUGAUUCGAAACUCGACACGGAGAAGGCAUUCCAAGCCUACACUAUCUUGCGGACCGACAUGACGAGCGAGAUUCCCGACGCAGUCAGCUAUGAUCGCGCCGUUGUGCUUCCAUUGGCUGUUGCUACAGCCUCUUCUGGGCUCUUCCACCCGGAUUUCUUGGGCUUGCAGCUGCCCUCGCUUGCGAAACGGGACAACACUGGACAGGUCGUCUUGAUAUGGGGCGGCGCCUCCAGUGUCGGGAGCAGUGCAAUCCAAUUGGCUAAGGCCGCCGGAUACGAAGUCAUCACCACUGCGUCUCGUCAUAAUUUCGACAUUGUCACCAAGCUCGGCACCGGCGCAAUCAACGUUUUUGACUACAACGACGGCUCUGUGGUUGCGGAUAUCGUCGCCGCCCUGAAAGGCAAGACCUUUGUUGGUGUUUUCGAUGCCGUGGGUGGGGCUGCUUGGAAACCCUGCGUCGAUAUUGUAGCUCAACUGGCUGAUUCAUCCGUGGUCAACAAGUUCGUGGCCACGGUCACACCUGGAUUCCCCGAGCCCCCAGCUGGUGUGAACAUGAAGCAGGUGUAUGCUCUGUCUAUCCUCAAAAACCACGUGAGCAGGGCAAUUUUCGAAGAUUUCUUACCUAAGGCGCUCGAGAAUGGGACGUUUGUUCCUGCUCCAACGCCCUUGGUCGCUGGGAAAGGACUGGAAAGCCUGCAGAACGCAGUUGAUAUACUCAAUGCAGGGGUUAGCGCGAAGAAAGUGGUGGUGUUACUGGAUUGA